AUGUCCAAAAUCGCAAUCAUACUACAAUUGAAUGAGAAUUGGGAUAACUAUGGCAGAUUUAGAGAUUUUGAAGUUGAUGUCAUUGUGGUAGAUGAGAAUGCAAGCUACAGUAUUCUGAUUUCUACAAUUGCAGAACAACUAUCGAUUGAUAUUUCAGAAAAAAUUGUAGAAAUCAAAUACGCACGGUCAUACACUCUGGAUGAAUUUAAUGAAAGGAUGUCGAAGAUUGAAGAGGUAGACCCGCGUGUGAAAUCUUACCUAUAUGAUAUUGGUUAUCAUAGAUGGUCAAGAGUACAUGCAACAGUGAAUAGAACGUGGACAAUGACAUCAAAUAUUGCAGAGUCGUUGAACGCAGUAACAAAAGAUGCAAGAGAGCUGGCGAUAUUUGACCUUUUAGAGUAUAUGCGGACACUGCUAGAACGUUGGACCAAUGAAAAGUUAUUGAAGGCGAAUGGUACUGUCACAUUUCUUGGGGCCAAAUUCAACAAAGAAUUAGAUGACAACAGAACAUUAUCUCAGAAGCUUAGGGUGAGGGCUUCAACAGAUCAUAUAUAUACUGUGUUAGAUGGUGUGAAGCGGUACAUUGUGUGUCUAGAAAAUAAGAAAUGUAGCUGUGGCCAAUUCCAACUUGAAGAACUUCCAUGUGCGCAUGCUUUGGCAGCAUUAAGGCACAGGAAUGAAACAUAUGAAAACUAUUGCUCUCCGUAUUACACAAGGGAGAGCCUUCUGCGUACGUAUGAAAUGCCAGUAAAUCCUCUUCCUGAUGAAAGCAAAUGGAAUGUGCCACAACAUAUUUUGGAUGAG